AGCGACGCGCGGCUGUGGGAGGGAUUUCUCUGCAGAUUGGAGGAGCUAGAUAGACGGCAGAGUGAGUCUCAGGGAGACCGAGAGAGUGAGGGGGAUCUCGGUGAGGCACCGUUCGGAGGGCAUUGUCUCCUUGGGCUGAUUGUGUAAGGUUUCAUUCACAAUGAAAGCAACGCCACAGGCUGAGGGGAAUGGCUUGUGAAUUAUCCCAGUCCUGCCACCUGCAGUCGGGCAUCCUCCUCCUCCUCCUCCUCCUCUGAAGGACGUCAGUUGUUUAUGGGAACUACUGGCAUUGGUCUCCUGAGGAUAUAGCGCUCCUUUUGGGACGCCAUUUUUCCACCCUUGCUGAGACGCGGUGUAGCCAGGAGACAUGGCUAACAACUCAUACAGCGGGGUGAAGAACUCUGUGGCCGAGCCCAAUCACGAUGGAGAGUUUGGCUGCUCGCUUAAUGAGCUGCGCUCUCUCAUGGAACUGCGCGGGGCUGAAGCAUUACACAAAAUCCAGGAAUCUUAUGGGGACAUUAAUGGACUUUGCAUCAGACUGAAAACAUCGCCCGUAGAUGGAUUAAGUGGGCAGCCCCCAGAUAUUGAAAAAAGAGAAGUAGCAUUUGGACAGAACUUUAUACCUCCGAAAAAGCCAAAAACCUUUCUUCAGUUAGUAUGGGAAGCAUUACAAGACGUAACAUUGAUUAUUUUGGAAGUGGCAGCAAUAGUUUCUUUGGGCCUUUCUUUUUAUAAACCUCCGGAUUCAGAAACUCAAAAUUGUGGAGAAGCAGCGGGUGGAGUAGAGGAUGAAGGAGAAGCUGAGGCCGGAUGGAUCGAAGGAGCAGCUAUCCUUCUAUCUGUUAUUUGCGUGGUGCUCGUGACGGCCUUCAAUGACUGGAGCAAAGAGAAGCAGUUCCGUGGCUUACAGAGCCGCAUUGAACAAGAGCAGAAGUUUAUGGUGGUUCGGGGAGGGCAAGUCCUUCCGAUCCCUGUGGCCGAGAUUGUCGUAGGGGACAUUGCACAAAUUAAAUAUGGUGACCUCCUGCCUGCUGAUGGCAUUCUCAUCCAGGGCAAUGACCUCAAAAUAGAUGAGAGCUCUUUAACUGGAGAGUCUGACCAUGUGAAGAAAUCGAUGGAGAAAGAUCCUAUGCUGCUGUCAGGUACUCAUGUCAUGGAGGGCUCUGGAAAAAUGGUUGUCACUGCUGUUGGAGUCAAUUCCCAAACUGGAAUCAUCUUCACGUUAUUGGGGGCGGGAGAAGAUGAUGAUGAUGAUGAAGAGAAGGAGAAGAAAGAGAAAGAGAAAAAGAAAGAGAAGAAAACUAAAGCCCAGGAUGGUGCAGCAAUGGAGAUGCAGCCUCUAAACUGUGAUGAAGGGGCUGAGGGUGAGGAGAAGAAAAAAUCCAACAUGCCAAAGAAAGAGAAAUCAGUUUUGCAAGGGAAACUGACCAAAUUAGCGGUCCAAAUUGGAAAAGCAGGUCUAGUGAUGUCAGCUAUCACAGUGAUAAUCUUGGUGGUGCUGUUCGUGGUGGACACUUUCUGGAUCCAGGGACUUCCUUGGGAAAAAGAAUGCACUCCCAUUUAUGUCCAGUUCUUUGUCAAGUUCUUUAUCAUCGGUGUGACCGUGCUGGUGGUGGCCGUCCCAGAGGGUCUUCCGCUGGCUGUAACCAUCUCGCUGGCUUACUCUGUCAAAAAAAUGAUGAAAGACAAUAAUUUGGUGAGGCAUCUCGAUGCCUGUGAAACCAUGGGCAAUGCCACAGCCAUCUGUUCGGACAAGACAGGGACUCUGACUAUGAACCGGAUGAGAGUUGUUCAGGUUUUUAUCUCUGACAAGCACUACAAGAAAGUCCCUGAGCCUGAUGUCAUUCCUGCCAGCACCAUGGACCUGCUCAUACUGGGCAUCAGUGUCAACUGUGCUUACACCACCAAAAUCAUGUCCCCUGAGAAGGAGGGAGGCCUGAAUCGUCAGGUGGGCAACAAAACUGAAUGUGCCUUGCUGGGCUUUGCCAUGGACUUGAAAAAAGACUAUCAAGCAGUCCGCAACGAAAUCCCUGAAGAGAAGCUUUACAAAGUCUACACCUUCAACUCCGUGAGGAAAUCCAUGAGCACCGUGCUAAAGAAUACUGAUGGAAGCUUCCGGAUGUUCAGCAAAGGAGCCUCCGAGAUUCUGCUGAAGAAGUGUUAUAAAAUCCUGACAGUGACGGGCGAGGCAAAGGUUUUUCGGCCCAGGGACAGAGAUGACGUGGUGAAGAGAGUGAUUGAACCAAUGGCCUCUGAGGGCUUGAGGACCAUCUGCCUGGCUUACAGGGACUUCCCUGCCUCUGAAGGUGAACCAGACUGGGAUAAUGAGAGCGAUAUCCUGACCAGGCUCACCUGUGUGUGUAUCGUGGGCAUUGAAGACCCAGUUAGACCAGAGGUCCCUGAUGCCAUUAGAAGGUGCCAGCGUGCUGGAGUCACGGUGCGCAUGGUCACCGGGGACAAUCUUAACACUGCCCGCGCUAUAGCAACUAAAUGUGGCAUCCUGCAGCCAGGAGAUGACUUCCUCUGCUUGGAGGGCAAAGAGUUCAACCGCCGGAUCCGUAAUGAAAAAGGAGAGAUUGAACAAGAGAGAAUUGACAAAAUAUGGCCUAAACUCCGGGUGCUGGCGAGAUCUUCCCCGACAGACAAGCAUACACUAGUCAAAGGUAUAAUUGACAGCACCGUUUUGGAGCGGAGGCAGGUUGUGGCGGUAACAGGAGACGGUACCAAUGAUGGCCCUGCCUUAAAAAAGGCAGAUGUUGGUUUUGCCAUGGGCAUUGCCGGCACAGACGUGGCUAAAGAAGCCUCCGAUAUCAUUCUCACUGACGACAACUUCAGCAGCAUCGUCAAGGCCGUAAUGUGGGGGCGGAACGUGUAUGACAGCAUUUCAAAAUUCCUUCAGUUCCAGCUCACCGUCAAUGUGGUGGCUGUGAUCGUGGCCUUCACUGGAGCUUGCAUCACACAGGACUCUCCUUUGAAAGCUGUACAGAUGUUAUGGGUAAAUCUGAUUAUGGACACGUUUGCCUCUUUGGCCUUGGCCACUGAACCCCCCACUGAAUCUCUUCUGCUGAGGAAGCCUUACGGCCGUAAUAAACCCCUCAUCUCCCGGACAAUGAUGAAGAACAUAUUGGGUCAUGCGGUCUACCAGCUCACCAUCAUCUUCACUCUACUUUUUGCUGGUGAAAAGAUAUUCGACAUCGACAGUGGACGUAACGCCCCUCUUCACGCUCCUCCCUCUGAGCACUACACCAUUGUCUUCAACACCUUUGUCAUGAUGCAGCUGUUUAAUGAAAUCAACGCCCGGAAGAUCCAUGGAGAACGAAAUGUUUUUGAAGGCAUUUUCAACAAUCUGAUCUUUUGUACCAUUGUCUUUGGGACUUUUCUUAUUCAGAUUGUGAUAGUGCAAUUUGGAGGAAAGCCAUUCAGCUGUGUGGGGCUGAAUAUUGAGCAGUGGCUAUGGUGCGUCUUCUUAGGCUUUGGAUGUCUUCUGUGGGGACAGAUCAUCUCCUCCAUCCCUACGAGCCGGCUGAAGUUCCUGAAGACUGCUGGUCAUGGAACGCAGAAGGAAGAAAUCCCAGAUGAGGAGUUGGAGGAGCUGGAUGACCUGGAUGAAAUUGACCAUGCUGAGCGAGAGCUCCGCAGGGGGCAGAUCCUCUGGUUCAGAGGUCUGAACCGCAUUCAGACUCAGAUCCGAGUGGUGAAUGCAUUCCGCAGCUCGCUGUCGCCCUAUGAGGGCCUGGAGAAGCCAGAGUCUCGCACCUCCAUCCACAACUUCAUGACCCAUCCGGAGUUCCGAAUAGAGGACUCGGAGCCCCACAUCCCCCUCAUCGAUGACACAGAUGCGGAAGAUGAUGCCCCCACUAAGAGAAAUGCCACACCCACGCCUCCUCCCCCACCCUCGCCCAAUCAGAACAAUAACGCCGUAGACAGCGGCAUCCACCUCUUCUUGGAUCCCAGCAAGCCAGCUACACCCUCAGCUCCCGGGAGCCCCAUGCACAGCCUAGAGACGUCCCUUUGAUCAGCUCCGCCCCUCGGUACGACACACAACACCUGCUCGUCUCCACAGAGACUAAAGCCUGGAGAACUGAUUGGAUGAGAGGGGCGGAGCCAAGGAGCUCUCAGGAGCUUAGCUCUUAGCUUUUGCUUCUCUUUAUCUGGAUGUGUUGUACAUUUGUUCUUUUUGCCCUUUGCUUAUUCAAACACUGAUUUCUGCAUCAUUUGGCUGUUAAUAUUUUGUUAAUGUUUUUUUUUUUUUUUUGGAAGACACAGGUCUGUUUACAAAGUUUGUAGAUACUUUUUUUUUUCUUCUGUUCGUUGGUGGAAGAGCUUCCUGAUGCAGAGAAAUGGGGACAAAUGAAUUGAGAAAUAUUUCAGAUACUGCUGUAUUUUCAGGAAAAAAAGGUGUUUCUAUGGAAACUGAACUAUUUUUGCCUGCAAGUUUUAUUUGUUAUAUAUUUGUAGAUACAUCGAACCCUCAAGCCAAAUAGAUAACACUAAGGCUUGUAUAGAAUUGACAGAGGUAACCAUGGGAGGUUUUUUUUCUUUCUUUUUUUCAUUGGACGGGUGACUGGAGGAAACGGUAGAUAAGGAUCUCUGUCCAUAAAUCUCUUAUACUUACUACUUCACCCCUUGGGGGUUUUUUUUUAGUUCCAAUUUCAUGUCUCAUUCUCGUUUGGAAGUUAAGGAGUAUCUGAAAUGGCUGGAGCUGGAGUCUUCACGCCUUUAAUGGUGUGAUUUUGAAGUGAAGGCCACACCAGGUCCGCCUUUAAAAAAAAAAAAAAA